GCGGAAUGAACGAGGCAGCUAACAGCAGCUUUAGCUUAUUGUCCUGUUUGAGCUGGAUAUUGUAGCAGUCUCAGUUGCAAUGUCUUYAGUUCAACGUCUGAGGGAGUUUAUCAGAGAACGGCUGACUGCUGCCGUCGAAGAAAUAUUCACGGAGUUUGAAAAAACCAUCGUCCUGUUCGAGAGAGAGAUCGAGCGUCACCACAGCCUGCUGGAUACCUGCGAGAAGAGAGAGCAGAGAAACUUCCACACAGCAGAACUCCCACAGCAACAUAAGGAGGUAGAUGUUAUGAUGGACCAGCAGCUCUGUAACCAAGAGAGGGACUACAGUCUGGACCCUGCAGAACCACAAACUCCAGAGAUUAAAGACUCCCAGGUUGAGUUCUGGACCAGGCAGGAYGUUGAGCAUCUUCUUCUAAAGAAAGUGACUGGAUCCAGCUGUGAAGAAACAGCUGGAGUUUCAGAAAACUACGUCGUCCACUUCGAUGAAGACCUGGAUGGUCAGGACCAACUGGCCCAGAUGAAUCUCAACACAUCAGAAUCCCAACAGCAACAGCUCGCUGAAGAGGAUAAACUUCAGAAAAACCAACAGUUUCAGACUACAGUUUUACAACACAACAGAGAAGACUGGGAGGAAUCAGACCUUGUAGAAAUCAAGGAGGAACAAGAAGAACUUUGCAUCAGUCAGGAUGAGGAGCAGGAGGUCUUGAAAGAGGAAAUUGAUGUUUUUGUGAUUGAUUAUGAUGAAAGUGACAGCAGCAAAUCAGAACCAACCAGCACCCAGGUCCUCUCUCACAGCCCUGCCUCCUCACCGUUAAGAGAAGAAUCAAGUUUGGACAUGGAUGAAACAAAACCGUACGCUUGCAACAGUUGUGGGAAAAAAUUCUCUGACUUACCAUCAAUGACUUUUCAUCAGAAAACUCACCAAGAAGAGAAACCCUUUAGUUGUGAAAUGUGUUUGAAAAGUUUUGGUCAGCGUCACAGUUUAAUGCGCCACAUGAUAACUCACACAGGCGAGAGACCAUAUUCCUGUCAGGUCUGUGGGGACAAAUUUGGACUGAAUAGUCACUUGUUGCGUCACAUGAGAACUCACACAGGUGAGAAACCGUUUACUUGUACCGUCUGUCAUAAAAGUUUCACCCAGAGUAACAGUUUGACUUAUCAUAUGAGAAUCCACACAGAUGAGCGACCACAUUCUUGCAAAGAAUGUGGAAAAAGUUUUAAACAAAUAGGAGCUUUAAAGACUCAUUUGAGGACUCACACUGACGAGAAGCCGUAUUCCUGUGAAGUGUGCGGAAAAAGUUUGCGAUCCAGCACCAGCCUGCUGUGUCACAUGAGAACUCACACAGGUGAAAAACCUUAUUCCUGCAAAGAAUGUGGACGAGGUUUUACACAAACGGGGGCUUUAAAUGUCCAUUUGAGGACCCACACUAACGAGAAGCCGUAUCCCUGCGACGUGUGUGGAAAAAAUUUAAGUACCAAAACUAGCCUGCUGUAUCACAUGAGAACUCACACAGGUGAAAAACCUUAUUCCUGUAAAAUCUGUGCUAAAAGAUUCAGUCAGACCAGCCACUUGUUCUUACAUAUGAGAGGCUCACACAGGUUAGUCUCAGUAAUAAUGUCUUCAGUUCAACGCCUGAGGGAGUUUAUCAGAGAACGGCUGACUGCUGCUGUCGAAGAAAUAUUCACAGAGUUUGAAAAAACCAUCGUCCUGUUCGAGAGAGAGAUCGACCGUCACCACAGACUGCUGGAUACAUGCAAGAAGAGAGAGCAGAGAAACUUCCACACAGCAGCCCUACCAGAGGCCCCGCAGCAACAUGUUUACAAAGAGGAGGAGGAGGUUCCGAUGGACCAGCAGCCUCCACGGAAUAAAGAGKUCCAAAAAGAACCAGAACAGUCAGAGACGACCGACAUCCAGGUUGAAUUCUGGACCAGGCAGGAGGUCGAGCAUCUUCUCAUAAAGAAGGAUACAGAGUCCACGUCGAGGCGUCAGGGUGAAUCCAGCUGUGAAAACACCUCAGGAGUUUCAGAAAGCAGCACUGUCCACUUCAUCGAGGUCCUGGACGGUCGGCACGGACCGGCCCAGAACACUUUCAACAAAUCAGACGCCCCACAGCAGCAUCUCACUGAGGAGGACAACCUUCUGAACAACCAACAGCUUCAUGACCAGGAGGUUCAGACUAGAGUUGUACAGCAGAACAAAGAGGACCAGGAGGAACCAGAACGUCUACAAAUCAAAGAGGAACCAGAAGAUUUUUGUGACAGUCAGGAUGAGGAGCAGGUGGUUCUGAAGGAGGAAACCGAUGUUCUCCUUAUUAGUUAUGAUGAAAGUGACAGUGGCAAAUCAGAACCAACCAGCACCCAGGUCCUCUCUCACAGCCCUGCCUCCUCACCGUUAAGAGAAGAAUCAAGUUUAGACAUGGAUGAGACAAAACCGUACGCUUGCAACACUUGUGGGAAAAGAUUCUCCGACUUGCCAUCAAUUACUUUUCACCAGAAAACUCACCAAGAAGAGAAACCCUUUAGUUGUGAAACGUGUUUGAAAAGUUUCGGUCGACGUGGCAGCUUGUUACGCCACAUGAUAACUCACACAGGCGAGAGACCGUAUACCUGUCAGAUCUGUGGGGACAAAUUUGGACUGAAUAGUCACUUGUUGCGUCACAUGAGAACUCACACAGGUGAGAAACCAUUUACUUGUACCGUCUGUCAUAAAAGUUUCACUCAGAGUAACAGUUUGACUUAUCAUAUGAGAAUCCACACAGGUGAAAAGCCACAUUCCUGUAAAGAAUGUGGAAAAGGUUUCAUUCAAACAGGGGCCUUGAGGACUCACAUGAGGACCCACACUAAUGAGAAGCCAUAUUCCUGUAACGUGUGCGGGAAAAGUUUGCGAUCCAGCACCAGCCUGAUGUAUCACAUGAGAACUCACACAGGCGAAAAACCCUAUUCCUGUCAAAUCUGUGCAAAACGAUUCAGUCAGAGUAAUCAUUUGACUGGUCAUAUGAGAAUUCACACAGGCGAAAAACCAUAUCAUUGUGAAGAAUGCGGAAAGGGGUUCGUUUCUCCCGGCACCUUGAACACGCACAUUUCAACUCACAGGGGCGAGAAGCCAUUUGGCUGCAACAGAUGUGGGAAAAGUUUAGGAUCCAGGACAAGCCUGCUGUAUCACAUGAGAACUCACACAGGUGAAAGACCUUACUCCUGCAAACUCUGCGCUAAAAGAUUCAGCCAAAGCAGCCACUUGUUCUCACACAUGAAAAGCACCCACAGGUGAGACUUCCUGGAAACAGACGGUGUUUCAUUCCUGACUGUGAGUUUAGGAUGUUUUGAGUGGACUAAAAAGCAAACAAACAUUCUGAAAAUGUUGACAUAGUCCUCAAGGUACUAGGAGAGCUCAUAAAAGCCUAACAAAGCUACAGCAUGGAUUUAUUGGGCCUUUUUUUCUGGUAAAUAUGAUAAAUCUAAAGAUGCAGAACAAAAACAUGUCAAAAUGCUGAAUAGAUAAAUUACAUCCCUUGCACACUGCCCUACCAGACAGUUCCAGUGUUGGUACAAAAUGUUAGCAUGAGCGAAACUGCUCAGGUAAUGCAAAAAAAGAAAGUGGAAAGCAUUUGGAAAACAAUCAAAAAUGAAAGACUUUUUAACUUAAGCUAUUAACUGCACAAAACACACGAGGCUGCCUACAAGAGCACCUGGGUUAGCAUUGCUAACGCUAAUUAAGCUACCUAUUGCUGCCACCAACUGGUGUUGUGCAGACAAAASUAUCCAUCUGUCAAAAGCGCCACACUGCUGGAAAGUAUGGCAAGCUGAUCUAUCAUAUAAUAUUUAGACAAGAUGUUUGGAGCAGGUAAAUACAUUUCAUUUCCUCGUCAGAAUGAACAUGUUAGCUCUUAAGAUAUUUAGUUUUUGUUAUCUAAAAUAACUUUGAGCAUAAAAUCGAAUGUUAUAACAUUUCCAGCAUUCAUUACAUUAAACAUAACUDCCAAGAUUGGUUAAAUAUUUAUUUCGAAUUUAUUAGGUUAUUAUUAUUUUUCUAUUAUUUUGACUUAAUACAAAUAUGGAAUAUAGAUUCAGUCUAGUCAAACAAUAAAUUAGCCUCUGAGGUUUUGAGUUAAACAUCUUAAUAAAUGAUGUUGUGAAACUCUUGUAUUUUAUUUAUGUUUUAUUUUUACAAAGAGCAGUACUGUUAUUGAUAUCUAAAAGAAUAAUUAGUGAUUGCAGUGUGGUGUGAUUAUAUUUAAAUAUAUUAUAUUUCAUCAAGCUGCCAAAUGGGAAGUGCCUUUACUUGAAGCACUUUGAAGCUGCKGUCAGGUGAGGAUGAUGGCUUCACUGUAAGGAGAGCCUGUUUCAGUUAACAGCAAUGAAUAAUAAUGAAAUUAAAAUGGAUGCAGAUGAUUAACGGGGAAAAAGAAAUAUAUCCUGGUUCAUCGACCAAUCAAGAUUAUGUUCUUUUAUUACUGCAUUUUAGGRAAGUAGGAAAAAGGUGCUCACCGAGGUGAAGAUGGGUUAAACAGUGAGGAAAUUCUUUCAGCCUUCUUUACACAACAUUAAGUCUGCUGAAUACAAUCUGUCAGAAAACUGCACACAUGGCUGUAAAGAAAUWAGUUACAAUUGGAAACAGACAAAAUAAAGUUUUCCUAGAGUUAUCCUGAUCAGCCAAACAAAUCUCUGAUCCGCUCAUAAAAUCAGGAUGAUUUAGGUAUCAAAGUGUAAUUUAAUAAGCCAGGAGUCUGAAAAUAUGCUUAGUUUGAUCAAAUAUGACUUAAUCCCUGAUUUGACAUGAUGGGUCACACAUGGCUAAAAUAUAAUAAUAAUAAUUAGAAGGUGGGGUCAUGGAGGGCCUGAUGCCAAAACACUAAAUUCCCCUGAGCAGAUUUCUUUGAUCGUGUCUCACACUGAUUUAUAAUCUAACGUAUCACUUUUUCUAUCAGAUGUCUGAAACUUUUUCUUUUUUAGCCAUGAAUGACAUGAAUUGAACUUAUUGAAAGAAAUAAACUUUGUGUACAAACGUAGCAUUUAUCUUUUAUUUUAUGUUUAUGUCCUGUGUAUGGAACGUGCUGUUUAAAAUAAAGUUUCUGUAAAYGACA